CGCGGAGGUUGCAGCAGCAUCAGCAAACAACUGCAUCUGAGCGUGGACAGUAUCGUGCACUGAGUCCCCGAAGCAGUAAUGCACAGUGGCUGAUAUGUGAGAGGCCCACAGCAACCUCCCUGAGCAAGCCCCGGUAACCAUCACUGUGACAGAUGUACAAGAAAGAGUCUCAGGCAUGAAAAACUGGACAGCACCAGGGCCUGACAUGAUCCAUGCCUACUGGCUAAAGAAACUCACUGCCCUCCAUGAGCGACUGGCAGCCCAAAUGAACCAGCUGCUACAAAGUGGGACUCACCCUGAAUGGUUAACUGCCUCUCCGUAACCUGGAAGCUCAUGUCAGGCAUCAUAGCAGCCAAGAUAAGCAAACACAUGGAUAAACACAUGAGCACGGCACAGAAGGGUGUUGGUGUCUAGUGGGGUGCUUCUAAACAGAAAAAUGGAAGCAAAAAAGUAGAAGGAAGAAUAGAUGGAUUCCAUCUCUAUGAAAGGUUGUACAAGGAGCCCUGUGUUCCUCACAGCUUCUUCCUCACACUUCAGCCAACCACCAGCUUGUAUGUUCCACUGCAACAAACCUGGGGAUUCAGGACCUUCCUGGCUCGUCCCUACCACAGUGGCUGUCCUUGGGUCAGGUGACUUCUCCAAGAGCAUCACUAUUCGCUUACUUCGUUGUGGCUUCAAGGUGGUGAUAGGCAGCCGCCGUCCCAAACUGGCGUCUCAUUUCUUCCCACAUGUGGUUGACGUGUCACACUAUGAGGAUGCCAUCAAGAAAUCUAACAUUCUAUUCUUAGCUAUCCAUCGAGAACACUAUUCAGUGUUGUGGGACCUCAAGCAUCUCAUGGCAGGAAAAGUCCUUGUUGAUGUGAGUAACAAUCGGAGAAUGAACCAGUAUCCAGAAUCGAAUGCUGAGUAUCUGGCUGCACUUCUGCCAGACUCUGUCGUGGUUAAAGGCUUCAACAUCAUCUCUGCCUGGGCCAUGCAACAGAGUUACCCAAAAGAUGCCAGCACCCAGGUCUUCAUCUGCAGUGACUCAAGAGAGGCUCGCCAGUUGAUCAUGGAAUUAGCACGCCAGCUCAACUUCCAGCCUGUAGAUAUGGGUCCCCUGUCUUUGUCCCGAUACGUCGAGAACAUCCCUGUCCAGUUAUUCCCUGGUUGGAAGGGCCCUGUCCUUGCUGCUGUUGCCCUCUCCAUCUUCUUUUUUGGUUAUUCUUUUGUACGUGAUAUACUUCACCCAUAUGUGAAGCACAAGCAGAGUGACUUCUAUAAGAUUCCCAUAGAGAUAGUGAAUCACACCUUGCCCACAGUUGCCAUCACUCUCUUGGCCCUGGUGUACCUGGCUGGCCAGCUGGCUGCAGCACACCAGCUUUACUAUGGAACCAAGUACAAGCAGUUCCCUCAUUGGUUGGAAAGCUGGCUACAGAGCAGGAAACAACUGGGUCUGAUCAGCUUUUUCCUGGCUGCUGUCCACAUUCUCUACAGCCUCUCUCUGCCCCUGAGAAAGUCUGAGAGGUACCUGCUACUCAACACCGCCUACCAGCAGAUUCAUGCUAAUAUUGAAAAUUCAUGGAACGAGGAGGAAGUGUGGCGGGUGGAGAUGUACGUUUCCUUUGGGAUCAUGAGCUUUGGGCUCAUGUCCCUCCUGGCCAUCACCUCCAUUCCUUCAAUCAGCAACUCUCUGAACUGGCGGGAAUUCAGCUUUAUCCAGACCACUCUGGGUUACAUCGCCCUUCUCAUUGCUACUAUUCAUGGCCUACUGUUUGGCUGGAGACGAGCCUUGGAUGAGGAUGCCUACCGCUUCUACCUACCACCCAGCUUUGUGGUAUCCCUAGCUCUGCCUGUCUGUGUCAUACUGGGAAAGGUGCUAAUGUUGCUUCCAUGUAUAGGUCACAAGCUUCACCAGAUUCGCAAGGGUCUGGACACCAGUCCCUGCAAGGCCCAGCGCUUGGAGCCGGUUGGCUCAGCAGCAAACAUUUCACCUGAAAGAGUUACCAUUAUGUGAUUUACUCCAGUUUUUUGUUCAUUGAUGUGACUAAGCACUUUGUGGUUUUAACUCUAUGAACAUGCCACUGUCUUUCUCUCAGCAAUUUUGCUAACUUGCGUGCUGUGUACAUGUGACCAUGUUAGGUCUGAUAUCACAGUUUUCUCCAAGUAAAGCUGUGCCAUUGAAUAACCUUCCUGUCAGUAUAAAAAGUCUUCCUCUAGUGCAGUGGUUCUUAAUCUGGGUUUGGUCGAACCCCAGGGGUUCAUUUCUAUCAGCGGAGCCUCUGCCACGGAGGUAAAGUUGUGAUGACGCGCCUCGCUUGGCCAUCACUUGCUUCAGAGGAUCAUGUGACAUUGCUUGGCCAAUCAGUGCUUCGGGAAUUUAGCGGGAGCGGUAUUCAACGGCUGUCGUAGUUGUACGUCGUGUGGUUUCUUUCUCAAUAUUUUAAUCCAUACUACACAAGUCGAGCAAAAAAAGAAAGUGGUCGGACGAAUAUGUACAACAUGGAUUCACAUGUAUCACAAAACAAGAUGGGACUGACCAUCUGCAUGAUCAAUCAGUCAAUCAAUCAAAUGUUAUUUGUAUAGCACAUUUCAGCAGCAAGGCAUUUCAAAGUGCUUUACAUCAUAAACACAAAAACACAAAGUCAUGCAACAUAGAAUAAACAAUAUAUUGUUUCAUAUUACAUUUCAAAUACAAUUCUAAACAGAAUGUGUUUUUAGUUGAGAUUUAAAGGAAGUCAGGGUUUCCUCUGUUUUGCAGUUUUCUGGAAAUUUGUUCCAAAUUUUUGGUGCAUAGAUGCUGAAAGCUGCUUCUCCUCUCUUGGUUCUGGUUCUGGGGAUGCAGAGCAGAACCAGAACCAGAACCUGAGAGUCUGGAAGGUUGAUACAACAACAGCAGAUCUUUAAUGUAUUGUGGUGCUAAACCAUUCAGUGAUUUAUAAACUAACAACAGUAUUUUAAAAUCUAUUCUUUGAGCUACAGGGAGCCAGUGGAGGGACUUUAAAACUGCUGUUAUGUUUCUAUCUUCCUGGUUUUAGUGAGAACAGGAGCAGCAGCUUCUGGAUCAGCUGCAGCUGGAGGAUUGAUUUGUUGGACAGGCCUGUGAAGACGCUGUUACAAUAAUCAAUGUGACUAAAGAUAAACACAGGGAUGAGUUUCUCUAGAUCUGGCUGAGAUAUUAGUCCUCUAAUCCUGGAGAUGUUCUUCAGUGAUAGAAGGCCGACUUUGUAACUGUCUUUAUGUGGCUCGUAAGGUUCAAGUCUGAGUCCGUCACUACUCCCAGGUUUUGGGCCUGAUCUCUAGUUUUUAGUUGUAAUAACUGAAGCUGUGCAUUGACUCUAGAUCAAUAGCUCUAGAUCAAUAGCUCUAGAUCUAUAGCUCUAGAUCUAUAGCUCUAGAUCUAUAGCUCUAGAUCGUUCUCUUUAGGUCCAAAAAUAAUGACUUCAGUUGUGUUUCUGUUCAGCUGGAGAAAGUUUUGACACAUCCACACAUUUAUCUGUUCUAAACAUUUAUUCAGUGAUUGGAUGGGGUCAAAGGUCACCUGGUGACAUUGUAAUGUAGAGCUGUGUGUCAUCUGCAUAGUUAUGGUAGCUGAUAUUAUUUCCUAUUAUAACCUGAGCUAGUGGGACAAUAUAAAUAUGGAAUAAGAGGGGUCCUAGGAUUGAACCUUGGGGCACCCCACAUGUGACCUUUGACCUCUUUGAAGAGAAGUUUCCAAUUGAA